CCUGCUGGCCCUGCAAACAAGUAAACUUGAGUUGACUUGCGUUCUUUUUAAGGGAGGAGCCGGACUCAUAUUGCAAUUCUUGGAAGCACUUGCAGUCCCUAGUGCCAAUGGCUACCAGCACAACCCAAGAAUCCUUCUCUUCAAAGCAAUGGAUUUACGACGUGUUUUUGAGCUUCAGAGGUGAAGACACUCGCAAAAACUUCACAGGCCAUCUCUAUAUGGCAUUAAAAGAGGCCGGAAUCAAUGCCUUCAUUGACGACAAUGAACUGAGGAGAGGGGAAGAUAUAACAGCAGAACUGGUGCAGGCAAUCCAAGGGUCUAGAAUCUCUGUGAUCGUCUUCUCGAGGCGGUACGCGGAUUCCGGUUGGUGUCUUGAGGAGCUGGUCAAGAUCAUGGAGUGUAGAAGAACAGUGAGGCAAAUGGUUUUGCCAAUAUUCUAUGAUGUUGACCCUUCAGAUGUGAGAAAACAGAAUGGCUGUUUUGGGCAGGCAUUUGAGAAACAUGAAGAGCGGUUCCUGUUAGAAGUUGAUAAGGUACUGAGGUGGAGGUCUGCUCUCACUGAAGCAGCCAAUUUGUCUGGCUGGGAUCUUCGGAACACCGCAGAUGGGCAUGAAGCAAGGUUUAUCAGGAAAAUUAUUGCCGAGAUUACUAGACAGCUGAACAACGCGUACUUGUUUGUUGCUGUCUACCCAGUUGGAAUAAAUUCUCGCGUGGAAGAUAUGAGUUCUUACCUAGGUGUUGGAUCGAAUGACGUUCGCAUGGUUGGAAUUUUGGGGAUGGGAGGACUGGGUAAAACAACGAUUGCCAAAGCCAUCUAUAACCAAUUUUAUCAUAGCUUUGAAGGUAAAAGUUUCGUGGCAGAUGUUAGGGAAACGUCAAAGCAACCAAAUGGUCAGGUUCGUUUGCAAGAACAACUUCUAUCUGAUAUUUUGAAACCAGCCAAGAAGAUAAAGGUUGGAUGUGUUGAUAAAGGGAUCAAUAUCAUAAAAGAAAGACUUGGAUGUAGAAAGGUACUUGUCAUAAUUGAUGAUGCAGAUCAAAUGGAGCAACUAAGGGCAAUAGCUGGAAAGCGUGACUGGUUUGGUUCAGGAAGUCGGAUUAUUAUAACAACAAGAGAUCAACAUUUGCUAAAGCAACUUGAAGUGGAUACAGUGUUUCUGGCUCCAGAAAUGAAUGAAGAAGAAGCUCUCGAGCUCUUCAGUUGGCACGCCUUUAGAAAUAGUUAUCCUAAUGAAGGAUAUCUUGAUCUCUCAACAAGUGUAGUUUCUUACUGUGGAGGUUUGCCACUUGCACUUGAAGUUUUAGGCUCUUUUUUAUUCGGAAGAAGCAUACCAGAGUGGACAAGCGCAUUGGAGAAAUUGAAAAGAAUUCCUCAUGACCAAAUUCAGAAAAAGCUCAGAAUAAGCUUUGAUGGGUUAAGCGACGAUAAACAGAGGGAUAUUUUCCUUGAUAUAUCUUGUUUCUUUAUUGGAAAGGACAAGAACUAUGUCAAACAAAUAUUGGAUGGGUGUGGCUUUUUUGCAGAAAUAGAAAUCAGUGUUCUCCUUCAACGAUGCCUUGUAACUGUUAGUGAAAGAAACAAGCUCACGAUGCAUGAUUUGCUUCGAGACAUGGGAAGAGAAGUUGUCCGUGAAAAAUCCCCCAAUGAACCUGGAAAAUGCAGUAGAUUGUGGCAUAAAGAAGACAUAAAAGAUGUAUUAGCAAAACACUGUGGGACUGAAGAAAUUGAAGGAGUAACACUGAAUUUGCUAAGAUCUGAUGAUGUAAGUUUCAGUACAAAAGCAUUUGCAAAUAUGCAGAGACUGAGAUUGCUCCAACUCAAUUACGUACAACUCACUGGAAGCUACGAAUAUCUUACCAAAGAGUUAAGAUGGCUAUGUUGGCAUGGUCUCCCUCUAAAGUUCAUACCAAACAGCUUUCACCAACAGAAACUAGUUGCUAUAGACCUGCGUUAUAGCAACCUCACGCACGUUUGGAAGGAUCCUGGGUUGCUAGACAAGUUGAAGAUUCUUAAUCUCAGUCACUCUCAUUACCUACAACGCUCGCCAGACUUUUCGAAACUUCCAAAUCUUGAGAAACUGAUGCUCAAAGACUGUAAGAGUUUGUUCGAGGUGCACCCGUCUAUUGGACAUCUUGAAAGACUUCUUGUGGUAAAUUUGAAAGAUUGCAAAAUGCUCAAGGAUCUUCCAAGGAGUUUCUAUGAGUUGAAAUCUAUUGAAACUCUUGAUCUUUCUGGCUGUUCAAAAUUUGCAAACUUGGAUGAUGAUUUAGGGAAAAUGGUAUCAUUGACAACUCUUCUUGCAGACAACACAGCCAUAAGAAAAGUACCUUCUACAAUAUUACGACUGACGAACCUGAAAUAUUUAUCCCUGUGUGGUUUGAAAGCAUCACCAUCUAACUCAUUGCCCUCUCUUUUCUGGUCUUGGGUAUUGCCUAGGAAAAUUACUAAACCAACUAAUCUAUUGCCCCCAUCAUUACGAGGCUUAACCUCUUUACAAAGAUUAUCUCUUGAAGACUGCAAUUUAACUGAUGAUGCAAUUCCUAAGGAUCUUGGGAGUUUAUUUUCUUUACAAGAAUUAAAUCUACAAAGCAAUAGUUUUCGUAGCCUGCCAUCAAGCCUCAAUGGCCUUUCCAAGCUUCGAAGGCUAAUAUUGGAUUAUUGUGCAAACCUUAAUGCAAUCCCAGAGUUACCAAACAAUUUGAAAUCCCUGGAAGCGAGAAACUGCACUUCACUGGAAAGAAUACCAAAUUUAUCAGAAAUCUCAAAUAUGGAUACUUUGAGUCUGACAAACUGCAGCAAACUCAUCGAGAUUCCAGGCUUGGUUAAGUUGUUAAAGUCCUUGAGAUUCAUUCGAAUGGAAGGCUGCAGCAAUAUCACUGAUGCUCUUAAAGAGAACAUCCUGCAGGGAUGGACUGUGAGUGGAUUUGGUGGCAUUUUUCUCCCUGGAAAUAAUAUUCCUGAGUGGUUCCCCUAUGUUGAUGAGGGCGCCUCAGUCUUUUUUGAAGUGCCUCAAAAUAUUGGUUGUAAUUUGAAGGAGUUGAUUGUGUGCAUUGUUUAUUCUUCAUGUCUCGACAACAUAGUAUCUCAAGAUCUUACUAGCAUCUCAGUUAUAAACUAUACCAAGGGCACAAUGCGUACCUCGAGGCCGGUUGCAAUAGACGUGGUAGCAUCUCAUGAAGAUCAUCUUUGGCAGGGAAAUCUAUCCAACAAUGUGUUCAAUUUGGAGGGCUGUGAUGAAGUUGAGGUUAUCGUAGAUUUUGGACCCCAAUUUAGUGUGAAGAAAACAGGGGUCAGUCUAGUGUGGGACAAAGUUAUCAAUGAUAAGAAGAUACAAUAUGCUUCUGGCUCCAAUGAGGAUGCUAAUGUUCUUGGCGAGGACAAUGCUCAGGCAGACAUUAAGUCGAAGAGAGCGCUUGCCGACGGCGAUGCAGGACCAAGCCAUGGCUCGUCUGAUGAGGAUCGACCUCCCAAACGAUUGAGGUCCGAUCCCAAUACUGAAAUGAGCAUAGAUGAACAUGUGGAGCAUGAAGGCUGAAAGGGUGGUGUGUGUUGUGUAAUAUUAUUGCAAUAUAUUUCGAAAUUACAAAGC